AUGUCCCGCUCGCCUCUUGUCCUUGUCCUUAUUGACUUCCUUCCGGUGACUUAUGCAUACACAACCUUUGACACAAACUGCACUCUCCCGUCCGCUCCGGAUAAAAUAAACUAUAUCUCCUCGCCGAAUACCCGUGGCACGCUGGACAUCUUGUGGUCCUGUCUGUUCACUAUCAUCUCCUGCACUUGGACGGUUCAAUGUCCUGACCUACCCACUCAACGAAAUGAAUUCAAGGAUGGAUGCCUAGGCUGGUGGAAGUGGGCAGCGAAAAAGUAUUUCAGCUCAGCUGCAUGGUUCCUAAUCACCAUGCUAGCACCAGAAAUGCUCCUUGGGCUAUACGUCAUUCAAGCUGUGAGGUGGAGGAAUUAUACCAAAGUCUUUGAAAAGUUGGGGUACGCAAAUAUUGAUGGAGUCGAGUGGACAAGAACCCACAGCUGCUUUGCUGAAAUGGGUGGAUUUGUGAUGAAGAUAUCCAAGCCGUCCGGUCACCGCUUGACUCAGACGACAACAGAACAUGCCGAUGUCACCACUCACGAUCUAUCACUGUAUGUGAUGAAAGGACAAAUUGACGAAAUGGAAUCUCACCAAAAAACAGAGUAUGUGACACUUAACUGCCGCCAAAUCCUUGCCCUUCGCAAGACAGGGAUAUUGGAGCGCCUGCCGGACAUCAGCACAGACGAGAUCCAAGAUAAAUCCAAGGCGGACAGCUUUUUGCGAGUCAUUACCGUUAUACAAAUACUUUGGCUAUGUGUGCAAACCAUUGCUCGCUGGGUGGAAGGCUUAGCAGUCACUCAGUUAGAGAUCGCCACGGUCGCUUUUGCCAUCUGUGCUGUGCUCAUGUAUCAUAUAUGCUGGGCUAAGCCGAAGGGAGUGGAUAUCCCUAUCACAGCCUUCUACUACGGUGGCAACAUAGAAGAAAUACGGGAUCGGGUUAGGAGAGCUGAGGAGGAAGUGACCCCGAGUGUCUCUGGAGCUCAGAGGGAAUGGAGCAUGAGACUUGUCCACUUUAAAAGCACUGGCAUGCCUGGAGGAGGAAUAAAGUUAUCGCUAACCCCUUCAGAACAGUUUGUCUGGUCAAUGACAUUGAUAUUAGGUGGCGUGGUUUUUGGGGGAAUUCAUCUCAUAGCGUGGAACUUUGUAUUUCCCACGCAUAUUGAGAUGGUAUUAUGGAGAGUUUCUGCUCUUUUUUGCACUUUCAUUAUACCAGCAAGCUUCUUUGCAUCUCUCUUUGCAGAUACUGGUAUAUAUGUCUGGCACUGGCAUGGCGCGAGUUUGAGCGGGAAGAUUUUUUCUACAUUUGUGCUUGUGAUAUUAAACCUACUUGGGUAUUUUUAUGUGUUGGCUAGAUUGUUUAUCAUUGUAGAGAUGUUCAGGACUCUGGCUUUUCAGCCUAUAGAGGCCUACGUGGGGACAUGGACUGUGAAUAUCCCUUACGUGAGCUAA